AUGAACCCUUCAGCAUUUUCAAGAGCAACUGAUCCUGCAAUUGUUGAGAACUGGAUGCAGGAGAUAGAGAAGAUACUGAUGGUUGUAGCCGAGGCCCUUGGAGAGGAAGUAGAUCCAGUGGGGGUGAGAGGUAGAGGACAGGGCACAGUGGAUUUCAGGGGACUGCUGAUUCAAACACCAGCUCCCAAACCAUACCGAGGUGGUCAUCAGGUGCCUCGUGAAGGUGCCACCCAUUCCUUUGUAUCAUCGGGGUAUGUUAAAGUGGCUAGGCUAGAGGCACAGUUGUUAGAUGUUGAGUUGUAUGUUGCCACACCGAUUGGAUCUACUGUGAGGUGUAAGAAGGUAUUGAGGGAAACAGAGUUGUAUGCGAAAUUUAAGAAAUGUGAAUUCUGGUUGAGGCAAUUCACCUUUUUAGGGCAUGUGAUCUCCGAGGAUGGUAUAUUAGUUGACCCAAGCAAAAUAGAAGCAUUAGUUGAUUGGUUGAGGCCGAGGAAUGUUCAAGAGAUCAAGAGUUUUCUAGGUCUGGCAUGGUAUUACCGACGCUUUGUAGAUGGUUUUUCCAUAUUAUUAGGUUCUUUGACAUGGCUCACCAAGAAGAAUGCGAGGUUUGAAUGGUCUAAUGAGUGUGAGCAGAGCUUCUAG